CGUAGUUUCUACGGAAGUGCCUAUAACACACGAGAAAUACUUAUUACCCAUGGACGCUGUAUUUCGAUAAUAAAUUAUCCUUGUUAGUAACGUCAGCAAAGAUAAUGGAAUAGAUUUAAUAGGCAGCAGACGGAUGUUUGUGACAAGGCUCUUUUUUUUCUUAGCGUGCAAAUUAAAAUCGCAAACUGAACUCUAGUGACUUUUCUGGGGUUCAUUACGUGUGCGUCGCCUGCUAUCGCUAGAGUGACAAGCGCUUACGCCAAUUAUAGCGGCCCGCAAAACGCCAGCCUGUCAGUUGCUUUUACAUAGACGGAGGACAGCAGAGGGAGUGUCGAUGGGUAGUAUAAUCCUGAAAGCAAGACUACGCGGGUAUUGUCGGAGAGAAGUAUAGAAUUAGAAUUCCCAUGUUAUGCGGGGAAUUCAGUUUGCAUCCAAUUUCUGCAAAAAUCUUUAACUUCCCGAAACUUUCUGCGAGUUGAAUAAUAAUAAUAAGUAGGCCUACAUGGAGCCAGUGAAGUACUACAGACUCUCAGAAGUAGAAGAACACAAGUCUCCCCAUAAUUGCUGGAUUGUCAUCAACAAUAAAGUUUACGAUGUUACCAAAUUUCUGGAAGAGCAUCCCGGGGGUGUGGAGGUCCUGUGUGAGCACGCAGGGGGCGAUGCCACGGAGAACUAUGAGGACGUGGGACAUUCCACCGACGCCAGGCAAAUGGCUGAAAGUUAUGUCAUAGGAGAGCUGCAUCCGGAGGACCGAGAGAAGAUUGUAAGUUCCCUGAUGCCCCCUGGCAGCCAUUUUCAGGACAGCACAAGCUGGUGGUCAAACUGGGUGAUCCCUGGUCUAGCGGCGCUGGCUGUCACGGUCAUGUACCGCAUGUAUAUCUCCGAGGAAUGACCCGUGUAGACCAGUCCUGCGUUACCAUAGCCUCCCAGCAAACCAUAUGCAGUGAAAGGGCUUCAUCACUAUGAUUAUUAUCUAAUUAUACACUGUUGUGUAAAUGAAGACUUUAUUUCUUGUGUGCAUUCUGAGUCACACCCCUCAGAGAUACUUUGAUGAAUCAACAAAAAGAAAAGCCGCCGCUGUGCCUGACUUUAUGCUCCUUUUACUUUCUCUCAAUCACUUUUGCAGUUUCAAAACCCACCUUCUGAUGUAAAUGACUUCAAUCAAGUGUUUAAAUAGUCAGGAGCGAUUAAGCCUUAUAAUUGAAAACCUAUUGACAGUAUUAAGCUAGACAAAUUAAAUAUUUAUGUGGUGUUAAAUAAAGAAUCAACGUCCACUUUGCAGAAGUAAAGAGGCGCAGUGAAGUCUGUCCUUACACAAUUUACCUGCUGCUGCUUGCUGCUAUUCCAGUCAAAGAGAAACUUGAUGCAUUCUAUGGACAGAGUAGGGGUAGGGUUGGGAUGGGGUGUCUCACCUUCACAUCAUGUUUAUAUAUGUGUGUGUGUCAAUCUGUCUGUCUGUCUGUCUUUCUGUCUGUCUGUGUGUCUGUCUCAUCACUGUAUCCAUAAACUUGCAGUUAGUCUAACUGGCAUAUUCAGUUCAGUUCAAUCAGUCUAACCGACUAUUAGUUUCUCAUAUCUAAGUUGUCCAUUGCAUGUGUGCCCUGCAAUGGACAGGCAUCCUACCCAGGGUGUCCACUGCCUUGUGCCGAACGCUGACUGGGAUAGGCUCCAGGCCCCCCUGUGACCUUGAUCAUGAUGAUGGAUGGAUGGUGUAAAAAGUAGAAAGAAAAGGCCAAUUCUAAAGUAUUAGGUUCUGGGUUAUUCAUUUUAAAUUGAAAAAUUGUAUAUGUUCUAAUCUUAAUUAAUAGUACUAUAGGGCUCAAAGCACAGGUACACUCUGGAUUCAUGUCCAUUGUAUGGGCACAGCAACAAUAAUAAUAAUAAUAAUAAUAAUAAUAAGUAAAUCAUUUACAAUUACCAUGAUGCAUUCUCACUUUUAAUGGCUUCAGGAAAAUGCUGGGAUUUGCUUAACAAAUUGCAUCUUGCUUUAGUCCUUGACUUUUCAGAACAUAUUGUCUUCCCCGAAGGAGAAAAUACAUAAAUAUGCAAAUCAGAAAUCAUUAGCAAAGUAAGAGUGAAGCAAUUAGUAGCUAUGCCGUUGUAGGCCGUUUUCAUCACUCUGGAUGAAAUAAUAACAAAGCAGCAUUUAAUUACUCUGCGGGGGGAGGAAGGGACCGGAAAGGAUAAAGGUCACCUGUGUCGCCCCCUGGCUCCCACAGCAGAUACUGCACUGAGUACCCACCAUGCAAGUCGUGUAAUACACUUCCAGAGGAUUCAUAGGAAUGUGAAACCACACCAAUCUGCUGUAAAAUCUGAUAUUAAAAUCAAUGAGUGUAGUGAUUUUAUGAGAUCCUAAUUGUAUUCAAGAGGCUGCUGUCUUUGUAGUUUUUGAUUGCAUACAAUGCCAGUUAAAGCCCAUUUGGAGUCUUUGGCAAGCUUUACCGUCAGCGCCCCCCAGCUAAGUCACUGCCCCCUCAGAAGAUGAGGCCCUUGGUGGCAGUCUGCUUCACAUACUGUAAUUGGUUGUCCGGCACUGAUUGUAUAGAUGUUUGCCUGUGAUAUAAAGAUAAGUUAGAACAUCA